GAGAGGGGGGGAGAGAGGGGGAGAGACGACCAGCCCCAGAGAUCUGCUCCCAGCACCACAGCCACAAAUGUGCCAAUUCAGCGCACGGACUUGCAGGGAGCUGAGUGACUGCCCCCUCCCCGUGCGAAGAACUGGCUGCCUCCCAGAUCGGCUCACACUCAUUCUGCUUUCCUCCCUCGUUGCACGUGAGUGACGUUCAGAGUCCCCGCCUUCGCUUUGAGCUCAGCAACGUUUGAACGGCCGUGGGUUGAGUCCGGUCCCUGACAACCACCGUCUCACUCAUCGUGCGUCGUCCGAAAGCCUCAACCCUCGAGGCGCCAACAUGUCUCCCUUCCUGCGUAUCGGGCUCUGUAACUUCGACGGAGGUCCUUGCCCACCUGGACAGGAGAUAGAGAACCCGUACUGUGCGGUCAUCGUCAAAGAGGCCGUGGACACUGAAAAGGGGCAGAUUUUCAUGCAGAAGAAGCCCACCAUGUACCCAUCCUGGAGCGCCACCUUCGACGCUCACAUCAACAAGGGCCGAGUGAUGCACAUCGUGAUCAAGGACAAGACCGUGGAGUUGAUAUCGGAAAUCACGGUGGAGCUCAACCCCCUGGCGGAGAAGUGCAAGCGGAACAACGGGAAGGCAGACGUCUGGCUGGAUUUAAAGCCCCAGGGUCGCAUGUUGAUGAACGUCAAGUACUUUGUUGAGCAGAGCGAGUGUAAAGGAAACCCAGAGAGCGAGAGUGAGGGCUUCUUCGCUCUGCGUCACAGGAGGGGAGCCAUCAAACAGGCCAAGGUUCACAACGUCAAGUGCCACGAGUUCAUCGCCACCUUCUUCCCCCAGCCGACCUUCUGUUCUGUCUGCCACGAGUUUGUCUGGGGGCUGAAUAAACAAGGCUACCAGUGUCGUCAGUGUAACGCUGCCAUCCAUAAGAAAUGCAUCGACAAAGUGAUAGCAAAGUGCGCAGGGUCAGCCGUGAACAGCAGAGAAACAAUGUUUCACAAGGAGCGAUUCAAAAUCGACAUGCCCCAUCGCUUCAAAGUCUACAACUACAAGAGCCCAACCUUCUGCGAGCACUGUGGCACUCUGCUGUGGGGCCUGGCCAGGCAGGGCUUAAAGUGUGAAGAAUGUGCCAUGAACAUUCAUCACAAGUGUCAGAAAAAAGUGGCCAACCUGUGUGGGGUCAAUCAGAAAAUGAUGGCUGAAGCCUUGGCUCAGAUAGAGAGCGAGCAACAGGCUCGGAACCAGAGGGAUAAUGAGCAGGUGGGCCGUGAAGGACCGGUGGAAAUCGGCCCCUGCAUGCUUAAAGAGAUCUCGACAACGGACCCAGACCAGGGCCCACUCACAGCAAAGAAAGAGGAUCUAGGCAUUGCUUGGGAAACACCAAGGGAAGAAGGCUCACUCUCCGUGUCAACCACAGAGGAAACUCUGAAAAGCAGUGACCGAAGAAUGACCAUCGAUGAUUUCCUGCUGCACAAAAUGCUGGGCAAAGGAAGCUUUGGCAAGGUUUUUCUUGCGGAGCUGAAGGGCAAGGAUGAGUUCUUCGCCAUCAAAGCCCUGAAGAAGGAUGUGGUGUUGAUGGAUGAUGAUGUGGAGUGUACGAUGGUGGAGAAAAGGGUCCUCUCCCUGGCCUGGGAUCAUCCAUUCCUCACUCACCUCUACUGCACCUUCCAAACUAACGAAAACCUCUUCUUUGUGAUGGAAUACCUGAACGGAGGAGACCUGAUGUUUCACAUUCAGAACUGUCAGAAGUUUGACGCGAAAAGAUCAAUGUUUUACGCGGCGGAAAUCGUCUGCGGUUUGCAGUUCCUUCAUUCCAAAGGCAUUGUUUACAGGGAUCUGAAGUUGGACAAUGUGCUGCUGGACAGAGACGGACAUAUAAAGAUAGCAGAUUUCGGGAUGUGCAAAGAGAACAUCAUCAACGAGGCCAAGACCUGCACCUUCUGCGGGACACCCGAUUACAUCGCUCCCGAGAUCCUGCUAGGACAGAAGUACGGCACGUCAGUAGACUGGUGGUCGUUUGGGGUGCUGCUCUACGAGAUGCUGAUCGGACAAUCUCCCUUUCACGGCAACGACGAGGACGAACUCUUUCAGUCCAUCCGCACGGACGACCCAUUCUACCCUCGCUGGCUCAGCAAGGAGGCCAAAGACAUCCUGGUCCGGCUUUUUGUCCGAGAGCCAGAGAAGCGACUGGGAGUGAAGGGAGGCAUCCGGGAACAUCUGUUUUUCAAGGACAUUAAGUGGCAGCUCCUGGAAAACAGGGAGAUGGAACCUCCAUUCAAGCCUGUGGUGAAGUCAGCGAGCGACUGCAGUAACUUUGACAAGGAAUUCCUGAACGAGAAGCCCAGGUUGUCAUGUGCAGAUAAAACCCUCAUCAACAGCAUGGACCAGAACAUGUUCAAUAACUUCUCCUUCACCAACCCCAGAAUGGACCGGAUGUUUUACUGAAGGACGGCUGUGAAUCUCUGUUAUACUGUCUUGUCGUAAUGUCUGUGGAUGGGAUUACGAAGCUUUGAUGGACGAGAAGGUGCACAAAGGACUAGAUAUAUCUCCAGGCAACACUGAUGGAGUGAGACCAACACUGAUCACAAGAGAGGGUUCGGAUGAUAAGGACCCUUCGACCAGCCUGACCUCAUCUCUCGAGUACCCUCAGCCUCCAUUCCUCCCAUCACACCAUCAAACUGCCUGUUUUUGUUGUAAACUGUGUCCCGGCUUCCUGGCCUCAAACACCCUUCCUGGGACAGAUACAAGUUAACGUUGACACAGGGAGUUGGGAGGAAGUCCCAUUGGCGCUCAGCGGUCCCGGCUUGGCUCUCGAACUGGGAGUCGUGAGCCGAGGGCGGGGGAGCAUG